AUUGAUUGAAGUUAACAAGACUUCCUUAUGAAACAGUACCGGAUAGAUCGUAUGAUAGCAUUAGCUGAGAUUUUCCACUUCGAUCGACAAAAAAUGUAUGUUUCACAAAAGACAUCGAAACAGUGCAAUGAUGCAUGUGCAACUGUAUGCGCCUGCCAUUAUCAGGUCGUAUCUCGACGGUAGCCCGACUGUUGCUCUGACGUCGUCGUCGUCGUAAUUACCGACUGCGCGUUAAUAUGUCUUGCCAAAAGUGACAACAAUGCAAUGGUACCAGUGUUCACUACCCACACUGCCACAAACAAAGAGGAAGGGCCCAUACAUAUAACGUCUUACGUCAUGCAAUUGAACUAGACUGGCUUCCUAGUUAGUGGUGCACUGAUGCACAAACAACAUGGUAAGCUCAUACUUAGCUUCUUGUGAGGUACGUCUGCAGGUGUAGAAAGGAAAAUGAAAUAUUACAAAACCUUUCGUACAAAGAUUUGCUUAAAUGUUUGAUGAAAAUGCAAUGUAAACCGAACUGCAUAAAACUUAUAUAGAUUACAAUAUCUCAUUGAAAUGUGCAAAAAGAUAACUUGCCUGCAAAUCUUUCUUUUUUGUUUAGAGCGAGCAUAAUCAUGAAAACACGUUGAUGUGUGUAUUAAAGAAGAAAAAAAAAUUAUUGUGGCCACAAAGCUAAGACAAUGCUUUAUGCUCGCGGGUGUCGUCAACUGUAGCGUACCUGUUCGAUUUUCGCCCGAUAGUUCUCUCGUGAUGGCAAAGGAAAAUAACAAGAAGAUGUAUACAGAAUAGCUUACACCACCCACUAGGCAACAGCUGACUUUUCUUGGCAAACGUUUCAUUACUGGUCUCCGCCGACCACAUGUGAUCCGUGGCAUAAGUAGAAGUGGUCUGCGGAAGAAAUGUGUUAUGGUCGUUGAACCGAUGGUUUUAACACUUUAUUCAUCAAUUAAAGCGAUUUUAUUUGAUGAAUUAAUUCUACAAGAGAAUAUGUACAGAAAAUAUAUUUUUACGUUUGAAAUGGCAGCUCGGCGAUUUCACAGUAAAAAAUUUUAAAACAAAGAGUUUUAAUGCAUUUUGGUUUAAUAGAAAAAUAAUUUCUCGCUUUUUUGUUAAUGUUUUCAAACAAGCCACACAUGCCUUUAAAUAUAUGUCGAAUAAAAUGUGGUCCGCAGUACUAAAAAGGUUGGGAAACACUGUACUCUACAGCACCUCAACAGCCAUAAUGGUAUGCUUGAAUGAAUCGUAAAAAAGCGCAUUGUAAUUCGUGUGUUUUUUGUCUUCUUCACUUAAUUCAUCGCUUUCUUGCGAGUUACAUACAUUUGUUGCUAUUAAAAUAUCAUAAACUUUAUUGCAUGUACAAAUACUUCCAUGAAUGCAAGUAACCAACGUGAAUAUUCUAAACCGCUGAUUAGAAUUAAAUUAUGCUACUUCAUUUUAUCUAAAGUUUGAGAAAAGCGCUAACGUUUCCUCCCUUAGCUACAGUAUAGCUAAAGCUCUAUAAAUAAUCUCACUAUUAAUCUGACAUGCUUCUGCCCCCCUCAAAGCGUUAAACCAAUACAAAAGCUCAACAUAGCUCAACCGAAAGCCAAUGGUGACAUGCGGAAUGAAUUGAAUGUCUCAAUAUCGAUCGGUAUCGGUGGUGGUGCUAACGUUGAUGCAUUCUACUAAACAUUGAAAAGUAACAUGUAACGCCUUUCUGUAACGUCAUUGUGUCGAAUCGCUGUGAGAUAUCGUACAAAUAGGUGAAUAAGCAAAUGAGCUGAUGCAAAUUAGCGCCCAUCAACGUGUAUGUGUGCUGUUUGUGUUCUUGUUAGCAAAACUCAUCCCCAUGUGUGUGAUUUUGUGUGUCCCAUUAAUACAUCUUUUUUAAAAGAAAAAAUAUAUUAAAACAAAUCAACACAAGGUCGCAGGGAACCGAACAACAAAGGGAGAUUCGUCUUCCUUAUCGAGUCCUCUCGUAUACACAAUUUGCUGCAUCCAAGCAAAUCGGGAAAUCAGCCGAAAAGGGAGCAUCUGUGCGAAUGCAAUUUUCGUAGUGUUUUUUGAACUUGAACCAAUUUGUUGAACCUCAUUUGUGGUCGGUUCAGUUCACUGGCGGAUAUUGGUGCGGGUCGACGUCUACGUCGCUAGUUCACAUCGCGAUCGUUUGUCGAGUAGGGGUGAUUUAGUUUUCGUAACAAGUGAGAGUGAACGCCAAGCAACAACAAAAAGUCACCAAAUAUCAAAUAGUGCAAUCCGAGGGUUGUAAGGGAACAGUGUUCAAAGAACAACCAGAAACACAAUGCUAUUUGAAUCGGAAUGUGCAUUUUUUAUGUCGGCUGUUGCCGCCGUAUCGAAGGCAACAACCACAGCAACGUCGGAAUUGACGGAAGCAACCAACCGGAUGACCAUGUCGUCGUCAUCAUUUUCAAAAGAUGUUACCUUUUCCAACGGCUUUUUUGAUAUAGAACAACCACAGUUGUUGGUACACGAGCCCCAAACGCAGAAACGUGUAGAAUAUCGUUUGGAUUUGCAACCAAAGCAAGCGACAACGCAACAAGAAUUACGGCCCGAAGUCCAGCAACAAGAGCAAAUACAGCAGCAACAGCAGCAACAACAGCAGCCUGAAGAGCGACAACUUCAGGAUACUUGCAUACUUAAACAAAUUCCGCUUGAACAACCCAUGGAAGUAGAACCCAAGCAACAAUACCUUAGUAAUGAUCGGUUGGCUGAAAAAUCAAACGACCAAGAGCAGGUUCAAAAACCUUCCAAUGAUCAACAUGACCAGCAACAGCAAAAACCUGCAAAGAAAAAAUCUAUCUCAAAACAGAAGCAACAUUCUGCGGACGAAUUGUCCACUGGCAGUAAAAUGACUACCGAUUCCGAUCAUCCCAAAUCUGCCUCGGCACCGGAGGCAACCACCAAAUCCAAAGGAACAUCCUCCACCAAAUCAAAAACAUCCUCCUCCAACGGUGCUGAACCGAAAAAAGUCAGUCCAAAAACCAGAAAGGCGUCUUUAUCGUCGAUUAUCUAUCGCCAGCUGAUGGCUGCCGGUGGUCUGGGACUCGGUGUCGGUAUCGAUAAGACUGUGCCGAUACCGGCCCGAUUGCGCCCUCCGGUGCGAAAGUCACAAACGAUAGAGACGACCACCGUCGUCAAAAAGUCUUCCAACAAGACGUCUUCCACCUCGUCGAAGCCCAUCAGUUCUGAUUCGUCAGGCGAUCCCAUACCGGAGCAUUUCGGGUCAGCGAUCGGAGAAAUCGCAACCACCAUUCCGGGCAACAAUCCACCGGUGAGGCAACGAGUUCGUCUAGAUGCAGAGCAACUAGAAAGCAUGUGUUCGAUCUUCAUACAUCGAAUAUCUCCAUGUAAGGACGGUUCCAAAGUGACGACGGUUGUAGCUACACCCGGACAAGGCCCAGAUAGACCACAGGAAGUAUCAUACACAGAUACUAAGAUAAUUGGCAAUGGAAGCUUCGGUGUCGUCUUCCAGGCGAAACUCUGUGAUACGGGCGAGCUAGUCGCCAUCAAGAAGGUGUUACAGGACAAACGAUUUAAGAACCGUGAAUUACAGAUCAUGCGACGACUAGAACACUGUAACAUCGUUAAGCUAAAGUACUUCUUCUACUCCAGUGGCGAAAAGCGUGAUGAUUUUCCCUUGGACAUGGGACUAUUCGCCGGUGCCUUGCAGUCGCAGAAAGACGAAGUUUAUCUGAACUUAGUGCUCGAAUAUAUACCAGAAACGGUUUAUAAAGUCGCCCGUCACUAUGCUAAGAACAAACUAACGAUACCUAUCAACUAUAUCCGAAUUUACAUGUAUCAAUUAUUCAGAAGUCUUGCUUACAUCCAUUCGCUCGGUAUCUGCCAUCGUGACAUCAAACCACAGAACCUGCUGCUGAAUCCAGAGACGGCGGUCCUGAAACUGUGUGAUUUCGGUAGCGCCAAGCAGCUGCUGGACGGUGAACCAAACGUGUCGUACAUUUGUUCCAGAUAUUACCGAGCUCCGGAGUUGAUAUUCGGCGCCAUUAACUACACCACCAAGAUUGAUGUUUGGAGUGCGGGAUGUGUGCUAGCAGAGUUGCUGCUCGGACAACCUAUCUUCCCGGGAGAUUCGGGCGUCGACCAGUUGGUGGAAAUUAUCAAGGUUCUUGGCACGCCGACACGAGAACAGAUCAAAGAGAUGAAUCCCAACUACACGGAGUUCAAAUUCCCGCAGAUCAAAAGUCAUCCAUGGCAAAAGGUAUUCCGGACACGCACUCCACCGGAGGCCAUCGCACUGGUAUCCCGCCUGCUGGAGUAUACGCCGGGCACGAGGAUCACACCGAUGCAAGCAUGCGCUCAUCCGUUCUUCAACGAGUUGCGGGAAGGCAGCAAGUAUCUACCGAAUGGUCGCGAGUUUCCGCCAUUGUUCAACUUCACCGAGCAAGAGCUUGCCAUUCAGCCGAGCCUGAACCUUAUUCUGAGGCCCAGAAACCAAAACGAGGCAGCAUCAAAGGCCGGACAGUCGUCGAGCGGCUCGAUGGAAGGUGGCAGCGGAAGCAGUGGCAAUGGCGGUGCCGGUGUAGGCAGCUCGUCUGGCAGCGGCGGUGUCGGCGGUAGUGGCGGGGUUGCCGGUGCCAGCGGCACCAGCGAUCCGAGCAACCUGGCACAGCAAUCCUGCAGUGGUGCAGCUGGCGGUGCCAGUGGUAGCGGUGUCGGUUCGGACGACAUGACUGCCGCCAGCGGGGGCGAUGCGGGCACCUGUCAGCCUUCGGCUGCCACCUCAUCGAUGGGUUAGCUUUAAUUGUGUAGUUUCGACAGCAACCAGCAAGCAAAAUGUGUAAUGAAAACGGCAGGCGCCUUGCGCGCACGAAAUGGGACAACAAAAUUGAGAGCAAAGCGUGUUAGUUCUGGAGCGAAAGACCGGUGCAAAACGCACACGUCGACGCACACACGGUACAGAAGAAGCGAGCUAUAUGUGUACAGUGUCCGCACGCAAGGCAAUAGGCAAUAGGGCACGCAAAAUCAAUGAAAGGUAAACGAAAAAUUAAUAAUAGUAAAUAAAUUCGUGUGCGUGUAGUAGCAAUGCUAGGACCGGUGAAUGGAUGACAUAAGCAACAAGAAGAAGGUGUCUGCUGUAUAACAUGUCGAACACAUAGGACUAGUGCUGAAUUAACCGAUAGCAAGCGAGGCAGGAGAAAGAAAACCGCUGAACACGGAGGCGAACACAAUGUGCGGAGAAGCGUGUGUGUGUGUAAAAGUUUAAUGUUAAAAUUAUUUUUAAUUAUUAUUUAAAGGAUCACCGAGGAAGAUGGUAUACAUGGAUGUAUCAUGCUGUGUAAAAUUGAAGAAAAGAUAAACAAACAACUUAGCGCAGCGCGGUAUGUAGAUUGCUCGGAAUGGUUCGCAAACAGGGGAAAAGUGGUAGUCAAGUCUGUUAAGAUCGUUUGUUCGUUUCAAAUUGUUUAUUUUUACUUUACAUCAGUCAUGUUUUGGACGAAAAGCGUGCGUUUUGUUUGUGUUUUUUUAGCCAGAGUAGAAGCAGCAGAACAGGCCUUUGUACGAGUGCAACAUCCUGAAAAUCGUCUCACUUGUGUGUGGUUACUGAAAGUAACAGAAUUGCCUCUGUUCUAUAAUACGUAAGCCACACACUUACACACACUCACACAUCAAUAAAAAUUUUAAAUUCACUAUCACGAAGGCUACACAAUACGAGGCAAGAAAAGAUUUGCAUAACAAGGUGGAUAAAAUUGAUUGUGCAUACCGUGUACAUGAAGAGACCCAAAUCAAAAAUAAUACGAAAAAGGAAAGAAGUUAAAAAGAAAAUGAAAGUGUUUUAAACCAUCCGUUUUGUGUUGGUAAACCUCAUUAACUGUUCUGGCUACUGCCGAUCGGCUGGGGUCGUGUUAGCCUAGCUUGGUUUGCUACAAGAAGCAGGAUCGAUUCCAUGGCUUCGUGUGGUGUGUAGGGCCGAACGUUUGACAUUAUUUCAUAGAACCCCGCCCAAGCUUUAACUUUUGGAGCGAUAUCACCAACCCAAUUCAGUCACCGGAAAUUGUCCCAUUAAGCAUUCACGACAAACACGAACGGGAGACGAAAUAUUUUAAUCGGAAGUUAGCGAUAGAAAGAUUUAGCACAGAAAAACGCCAAAUGGCAUUGGGUGGUAGGAGCUGUGUUUUUUUGUUUUGUGUUGUUGUGCGCCAUGCGUAUAUUGUACUUUAUUCGCGUGUUGAAUGAAAUAUUUUAUUUCUAGACGAUUGGUUCAAAGCAACUGCCGCAACUUACCACGAAGAAGGAAAUUAAAUUGUAUGAAACAGAGAGUUAAUAAUGUUGUUAUUGGAGCAAACAAGCACCAAUAAGGCAGCGUGUAAAACGCAGUAAAGGGCGAAACCAGAAUACGUUAAGUGCGAGACACCUCUAAAACAUAUAGUAAGCCAAUAAUCUAAGCCCAAGCGCGUUGGUAAAUCAAUGUGCGGGAAGCGCCAGUUAGAAAAAUAGAAAAAUAUAGCGAAAAUACUAAAAAAAAACAGAAACAACCAAGAGCGGUAGAAUAUAAUAAUCGUAUCACCGUGGCAUAUUUGAUUGUGCCGUUUUGUUCAAUUUGUUUUCCUUUUUGGAAAGGGUUCUGAGAUGAUGAAAAUCGCCCAAAGCGGCCACAAAAUAGAUGUGGAAUGGACUCAGGAAGUGAGGGAUUCGAUCAAACAAACGGUUCGCAAAAUGCGGUAGACAUUACAAUCUUCCGUUGGCACGACUUUUGAAUUGGUGCACCCUUGUAUAUUACAAUAGCUUAUUGCGUAUUGCAUGAUCUUUUCUCGUAAGGCAAACAUAGGAAUGAUCUCGCAAAGAUAUCUUCUGCCGACACAAGGCACACAAAGUGAUGGCUAAAGUGUUGGUAUGGGUUGGGUGUUGAAUUGAAAGAACUUCUUUUCAUUGAACCUAACACGCCGCAUAGUCAAAGCGAAUUAAAUCAUCACUCAACGAUCGGGAACGAGAUGAUCAUCAUAAGCGUGUGUGGUAAUGGGAUUUUUUCCAAGGGUCUAUGUGCGUUUGGUAGAUAUUGUUCUGCCACUGGAACGCUAAACCAUUGUAUAAAGCGAUUCUACUCGAAAGCCUAGUACACACACCGUAGGAUACAUAGUAGGACCCAGGUCCCAUAACUUAUGCUGCAGACGAUCCGAUCGAUCUCACGUUCUGCAGCAUAUAGCAUGUAACAAACGCGGGCAUGUAUCCAGCUUUGCAUACGUGUUGGAUACAGCGUAACUGUUAUGUAUGGAAAAUGAUACAAUUUAUUUACCAUGCGCGUAAGCAAGAAGUGUUAAUAGGCUGUUUUCUUUUAUCGUUUCGUGUACUGUAUAGGGAAGGGCUUUUCCGGUGAAUGAUGAUUGACUUUUUGCUGCUGGCAAACAUGUGUAAAGUAAGGUUAGCUUUUGCUGUUAGGGUGAUUCUCUCAAAGUAAUGAAGUUCAAUAGCAAUUUGCUGUGUACGCGAACACAGCACUGAAGAAAAAAAAAUACGGCAAACAUAAUGAAUUUUCAUUAUCGAGAGAUGCUAGCUGAUAAAUCGAACGGUUACUGAACAGAACAUAUACAUAAAUCUUUAAACAAAACACACACGUAGCUGCGUUGUCCGCAUAAUGCAAGAUGGGGAAGAGGUGGAACAGUAUAUGGUUAAUCAACUGAUAAAUUAUUUUAAAUGGAAGAAAAUUAACAAAAAAAUCAUUCGCAAGCUGAAGGCGACGAGUAGUGAAACAAAAAACACAUAAUAGAGAGAUAAACACAGUAAGACGUAUAUGAGUAAAAUCUUUGUAGCAUAUAUAUAAAUACAUAUAUAUAUAUAAAUAUAAUUAAUAAAAAUGGCAAGGAAUAUAUAUAUAUACUACAGCAUAAGUAAUUUAAAGGCAUCAACCAAUAUGUGGAGUGGAAGCCAGAUGGAAUCGUGGUUGAAUUAUUAAUUACACUUUACGCAUGCAAAGUAACGCGAAAGCCACCAGAGAUAUACCGGCUAUAUACUGUUUGAUUCAAGUACUGUUUUGUGUUUGGGACGCGUGUUUCGUACCAAAGGACAGGGUUGUUAUAGCACGGAUAAAACAAUCACGGUCAAGGACAAUUUAUUUAAAUGAAAUCCACCGUGACCAUGACCCUGUGUGUGUAUGUGUGGGAAGACUUUCGUGUCCGUGUUUGCAGUUGAAAGAACGGAUGGUACAAUCUCUUAUGGUGUGCAAGGAUUAUGUUUAUCUUUCGGUAGCAUUAAUUGAAUCUGUCAAGAAGGGGGAAAUACGGUUAAGAUAUGUUGUCCGGGCUCGUGAUAACAUGCGCCGGUUCGUUAAAUUGUCCCGUACCUUUUUCUUGUUUUGGAUUGAGAAGAUUUUGUAUCCUAAAGAGAGGAAAUGAAAUUAAUUUAAAUUAUAAUAAAACUUCACGACACUUCAAGAACAACGUAAUGCUGCAAACGUUAUAAUUUAUGGACGUAUUAGUCAACAUUAUCGCUCUUAUUUAACUAAUGAAACAAAUUAGAAAGAACCGAUUCAGCAAAACACGAUUGGAGAAAAAGACGAGAAAAAAAAACAAACAAACAAAACACAACGGAAUCGUAAGAUUGUAAAACGAAAGUCAGCUAAUAGCAUUUCACUUAUACUCACAAGAAAGUAAAUAGUACUAAACUCUAGCAAAAAGACUUAUAAAGAGGCAUGAAAUAACAUGAAAAGAUGUAGCAUAAUUUUCAGACACAUGAAACGAGCACCGGCAUAGCAAAGAAUUAAAGGAACAAAAAUACAUUUGCAAUACAUGAUAAAAUGUAAUGUCUUAACACUGCGUAACAAACAAACAAAAGUAACACAAACAAUGUUUCCCAAUGUUCUAAGAACACUCUCACACAAUCACACACAAAUUCAUCUGAGUACUACGCGUUACGCAUGUAAAGGAGAACACCAAAUUUGGAAUAAAAAUUUGCCACACCUACACGCAUACAACAUAAUACAAGUUCAGUGUACGUUCUCUUCUAGACACAGCAUACGUGAACAAAAAAAAGGAACACACAACACAGAAAAGCACGUAAAUUUCAGAAAAAAGCGUAAGCAUUACAUAUUUCCAACUAAUACCAGAAUUCCCAUUUUUAUGUCCAGGCAAAACGAGAACUCAAACCAGGAAACUUACACAACACUUGUGUGCAAAAGAAAAGGAGAGAGAGGAAAAAAACAGUAAAAGUGCAUUGUUAGAAAAAGAAACGAAGAAAGUUAAAAAAGUGACGAAUAAAAAAAUGUGAAAAAAAAACAAAACAAAACACAGAUGUAAGUAAAGUACAUUGCUAUAUACAAACCUAUGAUAUGAUAAUUCUAUAGAUGCAAUCAACAUACACAAACCCCCAAAAGGGUGGUGUAUAAUCGAAAUCGGGGGUUUACGGUCGAUUUGAGAAGAAAGUAAGUCUGUCAUACGCAGACAAACACACAGAGACAAGAAUCGAACAACAGUGCGGAACGUGGUGUGUGUUUUUUAAUUUCUGUUUCAUGUUUUCCUCUUUUUUAUUAACUUGUUGCGUUCCUUUGAUUUUCUUGGUAUAUUUAUAUUUGUUUCGAAAUCUGUAAUUAUUAUUCCAACGGAAUGUAUAUUAUUAGUUUUGCAGAAUCUUAUCGCAUUAUCGCAGAAAAUGUUGAGAAAAGGAUUCCCUUUAUAUGUAUAUAAGUUUUGCUUUAAUUUCAAUAAUAGUUUGUUUGGUUUGUUUUUUUUUUUUAAUUAUUAAUUAUUGUUUAAAGAGAUUAUUUCUACCUGUUUGCUGUUAACGUGUGUAAGUCAGGAUUAAUAAUGGUACGCACGCUCCUUAUCAUAAUCAUAUCCUGCUGCUGAAUGCAUAUAUAAUCGAUGGCGGCGAAGAAAGGAUUUUAUAUUUUCCCGUAAUCGAAAAUAUACAACACGAACACGGCGUAAUCUGGUGUCUUUCCGAUCUCAGUAGCAUAGCAGUAGUAGAAAGAAAGAGAAGAGAUAGAAGCAACAAAAACGAUGAAGGAAAUAAUCAAACCAGCAAAGAGUCAAAGCGUUGUAGAACAGUAGAAAUACGUUUAACCGAUAAUUGGUUGAUAAACGUCACUGUUUAACUAGUGGUGCAACUGGAAAGCAAAGUAAGAUUUAUUACUCAAAGCACACUCACACAAAAUAACGAUAUUCGACAGAGAGAGAGAGAGAAAGAGAGAGACAGUUAUGCCAUUUAGCACCAAAAACAAAAAAAAACCGCGGCCGCGUGUUAGCCGACAUUGUGUUGGUACAGUUAGGUGCCGUUUUGCUGUUGGUUUGAUUUAGAAAUUUCACAAAGAAUCCAAUUUAAAAAAACUCCCCGCGAUAACAACGCACACACACACAUUAAACACCGACAAAUGACUACAUCCUAGCAGCACGGUUAUGAAUGUGGUAAAACAUGCAGAACAAAGUUUAGCGUAGAGCAGAAGAGAAGAAAGACACACAACACAACACUCGUUUCCCCCUAGUUACUAAAAUUGAAUGUGUGCAGGCUUAGGUGAAAAUAGCACAUAUAUGAUAUGAUUAAAGAAAUAGUAAACAAAACAGCCUGUAAGCAGAAAGUAUCACAAUCAGCAAAACAGAAAUUCACGCGCACACACACACACUCAACCAAAAGGGCAGUAUACGAAAGGGCAAAAUAUUCGCGAUACCUUUCGGCAAGGAAAAGUGUGUAUCCCAGGAGCCUAUGUCAUCUUACUUUUCCACCGCUCAGUCGCGAUGAGAAGAGCAAUAGGUGCAAAAUCGCUGCAAGAUACUUUAAUGUUCUAGUACUAAAAAGCAAAAAGCAUCAAGUGCAAAAAGAAACUACAAAACUAAUAACCGCUCUUCUUCCCACCCAUAAACCAAACAAAACAGAAGUGAAAGGAAGUUGCAGUUCAAAAUCAAUAGUUAAAAAAAAACAGAAAACAAAAUAGUGUUCGUUUCUCAUGGCGAAGAAGUAUAGUAGCGUGUCGUACGGUGGUAGUGUAAAGAGGAAAGCAACAAAGAUGGCGGAUGCUGGUGUUUCCAUAGUUUCCACAGGUUGGUUCUUCUCGAGUGUUUUUUUGGUAACGGGGAGCUGCUUGCACAUUUAUCUCUGUGCGAAAUUUAUUGCAAUUUUAUCAAUAGAAAAGUAACGUAUGGAAUUUUCAAAAUCAAACAGAAUAACAAACAGUUGUUAUUUUUCACACUCUGUAGAACAAAUGAUAAUUGCGCAGCAGGUGUGCGCAGGUGUGACAUCAGUCUUACGUGGUUGAGUGUUUGACAAUGAAUGUUCUAAAGCGGCCUGUUAAGUUCCAUCUUCUCUAGUGGGCAAGUAGUGUUUAAUUAUUUCCUCUAGUUGGAGAAGAAGCAAACAACAACAGCAACAGAAAAAUAAAACUAACAACAACAACAAAAAGAGAACUCUAACUUGAAAAAAAAAGGACCAGAACAGUGAAAUUAAAGCGCUAAACACACGUGUAAAGUGAAGAGGAAAAUUUAAACUGUAGUACAUUAGACACACUGUGAAGGUCGUUCGAUCCGUCGGACUAUUGGCGUUUGUGGUUUUGUUUUAGUUAACAAAUAAGCUAGCACCAAGCUACAAAACAAACAAGC